CACUCUCCAUCUACAUCAACUCUCUCUCUUUCUCUCUUCACUUCACUUCUACUCUCUCUCCCCUCCUUCUUCAUUUAUCUUCGACUUUUAUCCCUUUUAGCCACUUUCCAUUCACGCCUCACUUCCUGCUUAAAAUCACCGAACUGCCACCCUCCUCCUCCGACACCAACAUUCCCAGUUCCCACCUUUCCUCCCCUCUUAAUGGACUCCGAUUCCUGGAUUUCUGCUCGUCUCUCUACUUCUUCCCGCCGCUAUCAAUCUCGAUCUGAUCAUCCGUGCCUUGGUGGCAUCGACGAUACGGAUGGAGAUGAUGAUUUUAGGGCCGAGUAUCUCUGUCCUUUCUGUGGCGACGAGUACGACGUCCUUGGCCUUUGUUGCCACAUUGAUGAGGAGCAUCCUGUGGAAGCCAAUACUGGGAUCUGUCCGGUUUGUGCUAAAAAGGUGGGAAUGGAUCUUGUUGGCCAUAUUACCAUGCAACACAGGAAUUUCUUGAAGGCUCAUCACAAGAGGAGGUAUAGAAGAGGGGGCUCUGGUUCAGCAUUUUCGUUGCUGAGAAAAGGAGCUCUGCAGUCUCUUUUUGGAGGUUCUUCAUAUGCAGCGCCCUCCAAUUCAACUCCUGAUCCUCUGCUGUCAUCGUUUAUCCAUAACUCAGUUGUUGCUGAUGAAUCCCUGAGUUUAAUGUCUUGUCCUUCAGUUGAAGCAAACCCAGUAAGGGAUGGCUCGAAAGAUGAUUUGUUGGAAAGAAAGCCUCAAGAGUCGCAGUCGUCGGAGGAGGAUAAAAUGGAGAAGGCUCGGAGAUAUGAGUUCAUCCAAGGGUUGUUGAGUUCCACUAUUCUUGAAGAUUAACUUGUGACAGAAAUUGUUAGCUAGUAUGCUUUAGGAGCAGGAGCCAUAAGUAUGAGGGAGGCGUUUAUUGAGAUCGUGGUAAGUUAGUAGUUGCUAGGAGGGAUAUAAAGUAGUAGUCAAGAUCGUGUUAUAUAUAUAUAUAUAUUGUAUGUAUUUAUGUAUGUAUGCAUUGGUGAUGUACCUGUAACUAUUUGCGCAAUAAUGAAAAGGUGGAAGAACUGCGUUUUAUGUCA